AUGGUCGGCGAGGUCGGCGAGCCCUUGCUGGUCUCGCCGAACUCGUUGAGGACAAAACCACCCUGCAAUGGAGUCUUCUUCUUCCUCCUCCUCUUCAUCUCCGCUUCCCUUGCACAGAGCGACCUGGAUGUGCUCUUGAAGCUCAAAACCGCCAUGGUCGAGCCUCCCUCCGCCGCCAUCGGCGACUGGGUCGACUCCUCCUCCUCCUUCUCACCGCUGCCCUUUCCGCAUUGCUUCUUCACCGAAGUCACAUGCGACGUCGGCUCGUGGGUCGUCUCUCUCAACAUCACAUCCGUCGGCCUCUCGGGCUACAUCCCACCCGAAAUCGGCCUUCUCCGCGACCUCGUCAACCUCACGCUCGCCACCAACAACCUCACCGAGACCCUCCCGCCGGAGCUCAACAGCCCCACCUCCCUUCGAUUCCUCAACCUCUCUAGGAUCUUCCCCAGCAAAGUCUUGUGGGCAAUAAGCCAGCUCGAAGAACUCCACUUGGGCAAUGACAAGUUCACAAGGCCGCUGCCACUAGAGGUGGCGAGGCUCAAGAAGCUGAAGUGGCUCGAUCUUGCCAAUAAUUACUUCAUCGUCCUGUUUCGAUCCGCGACGGCUAUUUUCCUGACCGCCGAUUCUGUCGACUCCGCCGCCGCCGCCGUCGCCGUCGCCGUCGCGGACGGCUUCCGAUCGCCCCGCGGGACGGGGAUUGUGGCUCGUGAGUCCGAAUUGAUCGCGUCGUUUUCUAUGUUCGGCAAAACGUUGACGAGCAGCAGUUAA